AUGGAGUUUGAAACGUGGCGUCGUCAGCUAAAAUCGUUUCAUGCUGCGGAGCUUAAUGCGGAUAUGUACGCCGAGUAUAUCGCGAUCGGCUGCUCUGCCUCCAUUUUAUUUUUCUUUGGCAAUCAUCCGCACUAUGCGCUUCUAAGACAGUCGUACACUACGACAGAACUUGCUGAUUUGUCGACUUGGCGCUUGAAUCAACUGAAGAUGCUAACGUUUCAACUGGGCAUCGAAGUCGUUGUCGACUACAUUUCGAUCGUAUUAGAGAUGGCAGCUGGUCUGGAGUUUGAUCACAUCAAAAAUCUGGGCUCGUUCCUUGCCGUAUUGUUCAUGGUUACGGCAGUUAUGAACAUUACGAUCUCGAUUGGUAUUUAUCUGAGCUGA